CAUCAAACACAAAGAAAAACACAUAACAAUAUGGGGUCACCAAUGGCCUCUUUGGCAGCAACUUUGCUUGUCUUAGCACUUUCUCUUGGUUUUGUAUCUGAAACCACCGCAAAUUACUACUACUCUUCUCCUCCUCCACCGGUCAAACACUACACUCCUCCAGUGUACAAGUCUCCUCCACCACCGGUAAAGCACUACUCUCCUCCGGUUUACAAAUCCCCACCUCCACCAAAGAAGGACUACGAGUACAAAUCACCUCCACCACCGGUUAAGCAUUACUCUCCUCCUCCAGUUUACAAGUCUCCACCUCCUCCCAAGAAACAUUACGAGUACAAAUCACCUCCUCCACCGGUUUACAAAUCUCCUCCUCCUCCGGUUUACCACUCUCCUCCACCACCUAAAAAACACUACGAGUACAAAUCACCUCCUCCACCGGUUUACAAGUCUCCUCCCCCUCCGGUCUACCACUCUCCUCCACCACCUAAGAAACACUACGAGUACAAAUCUCCUCCUCCACCGGUUUACAAGUCUCCUCCUCCUCCAGUCUACCACUCUCCUCCACCACCUAAGAAACACUACGAGUACAAAUCUCCUCCUCCACCGGUUUACAAGUCUCCUCCUCCUCCAGUUUACCACUCUCCUCCGCCACCUAAGAAACACUACGAGUACAAAUCUCCUCCUCCACCAGUUUACAAGUCUCCUCCUCCUCCGGUUUACCAUUCUCCCCCACCACCUAAGAAACACUACGAGUACAAAUCACCUCCUCCACCGGUUUACAAGUCUCCUCCUCCUCCAGUCUACCACUCUCCUCCACCACCUAAGAAACACUACGAGUACAAAUCUCCUCCUCCACCGGUUUACAAGUCUCCUCCUCCUCCGGUUUACCACUCUCCUCCACCACCUAAGAAGCAUUACGAGUACAAAUCUCCUCCUCCUCCGGUUUACCAGUCUCCUCCCCCUCCGGUUUACCACUCUCCCCCACCACCAAAGAAACACUACGAAUACAAAUCGCCGCCACCUCCCGUCUAUUCUCCUCCUCCACCGGUUCACUACUCACCUCCUCACCACCCCUACCUUUACAAAUCUCCACCUCCUCCGUACCACUACUAGAUAAACUGAUCGUCAGACUCAUG